UCACUUUCUUCUAAACUCUUCUAAUUUUCUCGCAUUCGUAUAUUUUUCGUGGCUUUUGUGUUCUUCUCAAUUAUCUUCCAUUUUCUGCGAUCGAUGUUUUUCUUUUAAUCUCAUAUUUUAAAACCAGCAAACAUCACUUUCUUCUAAACUCUUCUGAUUUUCUCGCAUUCGUAUAUUUUUCGUGGCUUUUGUGUUCUUCUCAAUUAUCUUCCAUUUUCUGCGAUCGAUGUUUUUCUUUUAAUCUCAUAUUUUUUGAAAGAUAAUUUCAUGUUUUUGUGGCUCGGUGGCUCCCUAACCACGCUUAUAUAUAGGUCUUAAUUUUCUUCAAUCUUCAUUCGUUAGCCAGUGCUCGACUCAUUCAUCAACAUAUUCUUCGGGAUCAUAUGAUGGAGAAAAACAGUGUGAUUAGUGAAAGCGAAAGCAGGGCAAUUGCAAGCCAAAAGUUGGGGGGUUUAAGCACUUUUCUGAGGAAAUGCUUGUUCAAUGUUGUCUCUGUGGGCCCCAUUCCUGAACACAUAGCCUUCAUCAUGGAUGGAAACAGAAGGUAUGCAAAGAGGAGGAACUUGCCUGUUGGGGAAGGCCACAAAGCCGGAUUUCUAUCUCUCAUGUCGAUUCUCCGGUACUGCUACGAGUUGGGAGUGAAGUAUGUGACAGUCUAUGCCUUCAGCAUUGACAAUUUCAAGAGGCGGCCCGACGAGGUGAAAACUCUGAUGGAUUUGUUGCAGGAGAAGAUUGAAGGGUUGCUAGAGAAAGAAAGCAUUGUAAACCAGUUUGGCAUUCGGGUAUACUUUAUCGGUAACUUGAAGCUUUUGAACGAGUCUGUGAGGGUUGCUGCUGAGAAGGCAAUGAAGGCCACUGCCAAUAAUUCAAAGGCUGUGCUUUUAAUCUGCGUGGCUUAUACUUCUUGUGAUGAGAUUGUCCAUGCUGUUGAAGAAUCCUGCAAUGUGAAAAAGAGCGAAAUUCGAGCACAGAUUAACGGAACAAAGGGUGGCUGCAAUGGUGGUAUGGAUGGAGAAGCGGGGUUUGAUACUAGCGAAGCUUGCAAUGAGAAAGUUGAGGGGGAGGAGAAGGAAAACACAAGGGUUGAACAUGUCGAAAAAGAUGAAGGGGAAUUUCAAGAGAGUGAGAAGCAGCUUCCUGUUGUAAAGGUAGUGGAUGUUGAGAAGCACUUGUACAUGUCAGUGGCACCUGAUCCAGACAUUUUGAUUCGAACUUCAGGUGAGACACGCUUAAGCAAUUUUCUGCUUUGGCAAACUUCUAACUGCCCUUUGUACUCCCCUGCUGCACUGUGGCCGGAUUUGGGUAUGUGGCACUUGGUUUGGGUAAUUCUGAACUUCCAGAGAAACCACUACUAUUUGGAGAAGAAAAGGAAGCAGAUGUAACGAUCAUAACGCCGUGGAGACUUGUAAAUCAUGUGAUCAUGCUUACAAUUCCUCUGGAAGCUUGGAAAUGUUGAACAAACAGCUUAUAUUUUUCAGGAUUCUUGACUUAUAAUAUGUAUAACAGCGUGUCAAUAUUUGGUGAUCUUAAUUAAUAAUAUAUGCUUCUUACUUGCCAAA